AUGAAACAGCGAUGUACAUACUGUUCCAAUCUUUCUCUAUCUCACCUUAUCGACCUCGCGAAGAUAGACUUUAAAGGCCAUGUUUUUCCAAAUCAACCGACGACGGAAGAUUCCAUGGGUCCGUUUGUUUGGACUUCGUCGCUGGCGAAUCCAGAUAAAUCGCCAAGAGAAAGAAAGCCAAUGGCUUUUUAUCCACAUCACAAGUGUUUUCAAGAUCUUGUGAAGUCCGCAGAGAUAGGGUGUGAUCUGUGUGAGGUUAUAUUGACCUGUUUGAAAAAGCGCAUUCCAGGGGAGGACGAAGAUAGCCGGGGAGGGAACGCAGAUGAAAUUUACUGGACAGAUUUCAGCCGUCGUCGGGAGACUGAUAUAAAGAUCUCGAUUAAUAGUAGUCAUGUGUAUCCAGAUGCCACUCUUGAUGAAGUACAAAUGCUUGAUACUAUUCUUGUUCAAGUUGGUAACAUCGGCGAUCUAAGAUCUGACUUCAAAACUCGUGGACGCUCUUUCGAGGUUCUUACGCAAAGUUUAACGAUUAUCACAAAACGCAACUCUCCAAUUAGACUGAAAGAUUUCCAAAUAGGGAGGGCCGAAAUUGAUCCUGAUCUUGGGUCCAAACUGAAUUACGAUAUCACGAGGGGUUGGCUCAAGGAAUGCUUGGAGUGUCAUAGUUGUCACAACACGAAUUUACCACAGCUUCCCACUCGCGUGAUUGAUGUUACGCCUAAUCAGACAAGAAUUAUUCAUUCAAAUGGGAUUAAGGCUCACUAUAUUGCAUUGAGUCACUGUUGGGGUGGUCCGAUACCCACUUCGUCAACUACAGUGACACUACCACAAUACCAAAACGAACUUCCCUUUGAGCCAUUGCCUGCGAAUUUUAGAGAUGCCAUUACUAUCACUAGAGAGCUAGGAGUUCAAUAUCUCUGGAUUGACUCUCUGUGUAUCAUCCAAGACUCUAAACAUGACUGGGAACAAGAAUCUCAAAAAAUGGGAACAGUUUAUCGAGAUGCAUUGGUCACAGUAUAUGCAAUGUCAUCAGAGGCCAGCACUGGAGGUAUCAUUCCAAAUCCUGCAUGCCAACCUGUCGAAAAGCCAUCCACCACUUUAGCUCUUACUGAUGAUAAUGGAAUGGAGGUAACUGUUAGAGUGGAACCUGCAGAUAGAGACAUUUAUGACGAAGACUUACACCGUCUAGCAGAAUCUUCUCCGCUAAGUAGUAGAGGCUGGACGUUUCAAGAAUCCAUACUAUCUCCUCGUCACAUCUAUUAUGGGAAAAAACAAAUAUACUGGGGAUGUACACAGGGAUUUCACGAUCUUAAAGGAAUGCCCUCCGGAUAUAGAUUUUCACAAGAAGAGCACAUAAAUCGUUUAUUGCCAGUUCUUCAUUCCACCAUACCGGACACCAAUAUGAUUACAGACAUGGAACGACUCAUACUUCUUCGCAGUUUCCGUGAUAUGGUCUGGCAAUACUGUCAAAGAGACUUAACAUACGAUACCGACAAACUUCCGGCAAUCUCAGGUUUAUCCCGACUUCUCCAGCCAGCCAUUGGAGGAGAUUAUCUUGCCGGUUUGUGGAGUUGCGAUAUGCUGGAUGAGCUUUGUUGGGUUCCUGAAAUGAAAUCUGGAUGUUUUCACGUCAAGCCUUAUCGUGCGCCCUCAUGGUCAUGGGCUGUCACAAACAAUCGCGUUCAAUUCCGUCGGGACACUAUCAUCGCACCUAAAGAUCGAAUUGCCGAGUUGAAAAUUAUAGACUAUAAAGUAGUCCCAAAAGUUGAGAACAAUCCUUACGGCGAGAUAGAAUCCGCAUAUCUAAUUGUAGAGGGUUUAACUCUGCCUGUUCUACGAGCCUGGCAAACGAGACAUCUGGGAAAUUAUGAUUAUGAUGGUUUCUCGGGUAUAUAUUGUUUUGAUGAUCCGGCCGGAAUUUCUCACUACGAAGAUUCUGAGCCCUCUGAGAAUUACGGGUGGCUUCAGGCUUUUCGGAAAAAGAACGAGGGUAAGGGGGAGCAGAUAAUGACAGGUUGGGAAAAUCGUUCGCGCAGUAAACGAGUCAUUGAUGUUGAGGAGGAGAAAUGGAUGAAGGAAGAAUAUAUUGUUUUGCUUGUUUCGUCGACAAAUAGAGAUGAUGGGGAUGAGAGACCGUAUGCCGAGUGCCUGAUUUUGAAGAAAGUCGAUCGGAACGAGCAUGGCGAUGAUGAUACAAUAGAUGUUUAUGAAAGAGUGGGAAAUUAUGUGGUGCAUCAUGAACCGGAAUGGUUGGAAUCUUGGACUAUGAAAACUGUGAAAUUGAUAUAA